AUGACUAUGCUGUCAACCCCCCGAGGCCAUGGCGCCCUUGCCGUGAGCACCGUCUUCACUGUACUGGCAACAUUCAUCACGGCCAUCCGCAUCCUCACUCGGAUAUUUCUCGUCAAGAAGAUGGGGGCAGAUGACUAUGUCAUUCUCAUCUCUCUCGUAUUCUCUUGGGUCUUCUUUGGAUUGAUGGUUGGUGAAGUUUACCACGGCAUGGGCGAGCAUUUCAACAAAAUCCCGCGGGAUAUCUAUAUAACCCAAAUGAUCUGCUUUUGGGCCUCUGUCCCCAUCUACCAAACAAGCCUUAUCAGCACAAAGAUGUCCAUUCUUCUCCAGUACAAGCGAGUCUUCUCCACACCCCGUAUGCGUCUUGCUUGCUUGAUCCUCAUCGGUUUCCUGGGUGCUUAUGGAACCUGGACUAUCAUUUCGGCCUGGGCCAAUUGUGUCCCCCUCGCUCGAUUCUGGGACGACACUGUUCCCGGUUUCUGCUUCGACAAGAAACCUCUGUGGUUCUCAAACUCGGCUAUCCACAUUCUCACCGAUAUCCUGAUCCUCAUCUACCCGAUGCCAGUGCUGAAGUCGCUGCAAUUACCAAGGAAACAGAAACUUGCCGUCAUGGGCAUUUUCGCCCUGGGUAUAUUCGUCCUCAUCACAAGUCUUCUCCGUCUCAAAUCCCUUAUCGUCAUCUCCGAUUCCACAGACCCAACCUACGACAACACCGGCGCCGCUUCCUGGUCCGCAGUCGAAUGCAACGUAGCAAUCAUCUGCGCCAGUCUCCCCGGAACUCGCGCCUUCCUCACCCGCUUCCUCCCCCACAUCUUCUCUACCGGCAGCAACGGUUACCGAAGCCGCACGACGCGGCCCUCGCGCAACGGCCGCAGCGUCCUCGCCGGCACUGGCAACGGCACUGGCAACACACACGGCCAAAAUACCGUGCUGGCCUCUGUCGUCGGUGGCCGAAAUGACCCCGACUACGAUUUGGAGGACCUGCCUGAGUCGCCGGGGUCCUACGGAGCCUUUACCAAGGGUGCGGAGGGGGGCGCUACGGUGAAGGAGACCUUUUCGGGCAUCACGGUUACCACUCGCGUACAGCAGAGUGAGGAUAAGGUUGCGGCUGAUGAUGCCAGCACCAAGGAGCUGAUCUGA